AUGUGCCGGCUGCUGCUGCGCAGCUCUUGGCCCCAAAUUGCCCUUCCACUUUGUUCAAAUUCACCUUUUCGGGGGCCCGCUGCUGCUGCUGCUGCUGCUGCUUCUGCUGCUGCUGCUGCUGCAUGCAGCGCUCUGCAGCAGCACCCCCAGCCAUUUUACCCGCAGCAGCGCUGCAGCCCGCAGCAGCAGCGUGGGCACUUGCUGCGGUCCCUGUGUAGUGCUGCAGGAGGCCGCUGGAAUCAGCACAGCCACCAGCAGCAGCAGCAGCAGCAGCAGCAGCAGCAGCAGCAGCAGCAGCAGGGGCGGAAGGUGUGCGUAGAGUCUGUUCUCCGGGCCUUCAACCUCGAGGGCCUCGAGGCCCACAAAGCCUCGUGGGCCCAGCUGGGCCUCCUGGGGGCCCUCAGGCUCUCUGGGGGGCCCCCCAGAGGGCCUGGGGGCCCCCAGGAGGCCCAGCAGGGGGGCCCCCCCCGAGGGCCUGGGGGCCCCCAGGAGGCCCAGCAGGGGGGCCCCCCCCGGGGGCCUGGGGGCCCCCCGGAGGCCCAGGGGGGGGCCCCCAGCCAGCAGUUCUAUGGGGGCCCCCGCAGGGAGCGUUUGCUGUUCUUGGUGGCGCAGCAAGAAGCAGCAAAGCUGUGGGCAGCAGCACUUGCUGCGCUGCAUGCAGCAGGGCUGCGUUUGCUGCUGGGAGUUGAUUUAGAAUGGAGUCCUGCUGCUGCUGCUGUGCAGCAGCAGCAGCAGCAGCAGCAGCAGCAAGCGGGGGCUGCAGCAGCAGCACCUCGAGUGGCGCUGCUGCAGCUGUGCGUAGAAAGGCAGCAGCAAGGAGAUGAGUGGCCCCCCUGCAGCGAAGCAGCAGCAGACGAAACUCCCCUUCCAGCAGCAGCAGCAGCAGCAGCAGCAGCAGCAGCAGCGUGUGUAUCUGCGGAAGCAGGAGCUUCUGCUGCAGCAAAGCAGAAUGCUGCGCUGCUGCAUGCAGCAGCAGCUGCUGCUGAUCUUGGCUUUGUGCUGCUGCUGGAUUUGGCUGAAGAGGCGCAGCAAAUCAUGGAGCAUCUCAAGCCGCUGCUGGAAGACCCCAAGCUGCCUAAAGUUGUAAACCCUAAACCCUAA